CACUUUCUCACUCUCAAUCUCUCCCUCUCUUUCUAUAUCCAAAUAGUUUUUCUCACUCUCUAUCUCUCUAUAUAUAUCAGAGUUGCUCUAGGAAAUUUAAUUAACCGGAGGACUUAUCAAAUAUGAAGUAUUAGCUCUCUCUCUCUCUCUUUCUUUCUUUCUCUCUCUCUCAAGAGAGAUAAUAGCUUGGCUAUAAGAGUACUGUUUUCUUUCAACUUCAAACACUGCAAGGGUUUUAAUUCCUUUGAAUGGGUCUUACUUCUCUUCAAGUUUGCAUGGAUUCAUCUGAUUGGUUACAGGGAACGAUGCACGAGGAAUCUGGAUUGGAUUCAUCAUCACCAUCAGGAGACAUGCUCACAUGCUCAAGACCAUUGAUAGAAAGGAGGCUAAGACCACCACACGACCAAGCACUCAAAUGUCCCAGAUGCGAUUCGACGCACACAAAAUUCUGCUACUACAACAAUUACAGUCUCUCUCAGCCAAGGUACUUCUGCAAGACCUGCAGGAGGUACUGGACCAAAGGAGGUACGCUGAGGAACAUCCCAGUUGGUGGUGGUUGCAGAAAGAACAAGAAAGUUGUUUCCAAGAAACCAAACGACCAGUCGGCAAAUUCUCCUUCCAUCAUCAACCAAAACAGUAUCAUCAACAACAUUCCUGGUUCUUCUUCUUCUACUACUUCGAACCCAACAGAUCUCCAGCUUUCUUUUCCUGAUCAGGUUCAUUUUUCCCAUCUGGGUAAUCUUCUUGGACCAGGGCUUGGUAACCCUGCUAGCUUCAUGGAGGCCAACAACAAGCCUAUUGAAUUCAUGGAGAGUAAGUUGGAAGCCAUUGUUGGGAAUUCAAGGAACUAUGAUUUUAUGGGUAGUGGUCAUGGUGAUCAUUGGAAUAUUGGUCAUCAACAUCAUCACCAACAUCAUGGAUUGGAACAGAAUAAUAAUUUUCAUGGUUUUUGUUCUCCAUUUGGGAUGUCUAUGGAUGCUAAUAAUGGAAGUUUCAUGGAUACAUGUGAAAAGAUUAUGCUACCUUAUGAUCAAGCGGCCGCUGAUCAGCAUGAUAAAAGAUUAAUGUUACCAUAUAAUCAACAUCAUGAGGAUCAAAAUGCAGUGGAUGUGAAACCGAAUACAAAGCUCUUGUCCCUUGAUUGGCAACAAGACCAAGGCUGUUCCGAUGCAGGAAAGGAGUCGUUUGGUUAUCUUAAUGGUUUAACCUCAUGGACCAACGUCAUGAACAAUUAUGGACCAUCCACAACAAACCCAUUAGUCUAAAUUUACUAAUCCGUUAAGUGCUUACUUUUUCUUUUUCUUUUUCUUGGAUUAAACGGUUCAUGAUCAAUCUAUGCUUCUUCUUCCUUUUUUUCCCUUUUUUUUUUUUUUUUUUUUUUCCCCCCUCUCUAAUUCUCUAUGUGUGAAGGUGGUCUUUAUGGACUAUAUUGACAUAUAUAACAAAAGGGUAUGUGUGUGAAUCGAAAGGGCUGGAUAGUCAAAAGAUGACUGCGUUUCAUGCAAAAUGCUGCUUUGCUACCGCAAUAUUUAAUUUUUUGGUUUUUUAGGGGGGCUUAUUUUUCUUCUAAAAUGGUGUCUUGUGGCUGUACAAGACAUUCAAAGUUUAGUAGGAUUUUGUUGUAAUAUCGAGGAGGAUAUGGUAGACAUAUUUUUAGUAUAAUAUGCAAAUGUGUUAUUUGGUACUUAUUUGUCUUAAUAUAUGUGCCGCUUUGUCUGUUUA